GGGAGGCGCUCCGGUCUCGGGGAGACCCGCGGUGGGAGGCGGAGGCUGCGAGGGACUCCGGGAAACCAUGGACGUCGAGAGGCUGCAGGAGGCGCUGAAAGAUUUUGAGAAGAGAGGGAAAAAGGAAGUUUGUCCUGUCCUGGAUCAGUUUCUUUGCCAUGUAGCCAAGACGGGAGAAACAAUGAUACAAUGGUCCCAAUUUAAAGGCUAUUUUAUUUUCAAACUGGAGAAAGUGAUGGAUGAUUUUAGAACUUCAGCUCCUGAACCAAGAGGUCCUCCUAAUCCUAAUGUCGAGUAUAUUCCCUUUGAUGAAAUGAAGGAAAGAAUACUGAAGAUUGUCACUGGAUUCAAUGGUAUCCCCUUUACUAUUCAACGACUAUGUGAAUUGCUAACAGAUCCAAGGAGAAACUAUACAGGAACAGACAAAUUUCUCAGAGGAGUAGAAAAGAAUGUGAUGGUUGUUAGCUGUGUUCAUCCUUCAUCAGAGAAAAACAAUUCUAAUAAUAGUUUAAAUAGAAUGAAUGGUGUAAUGUUUCCUGGAAAUUCUCCAAGUUAUACUGAGAGGUCUAAUAUAAAUGGUCCUGGAACACCCAGGCCACUUAAUCGGCCAAAGGUUUCUUUGUCAGUCCCUAUGACAACAAAUGGUUUGCCAGAGAACACAGAUAGCAAAGAGGCAAAUGUACAGCAAAAUGAGGACAAAAACCAUAGUGAAGCUCUGUCAUCCGAAUCAGAAGGUACCGCUGUGAGCCCUAUGAAAAAUAAACACCCAGGUGAAGAUGCUGUGGAAGCUGAAGGGCACGAGGUCAAAAGACUCAGGUUUGACAAAGAAAGCGAAGUAAGAGAGACAGCCAGUCAGACCCCGUCCAGUGCGGCCUCUCCAGUUGUGGUAGAAGAAAAGGAAGCAGCGGCCUCUUCUCCCGAUAAGGAUGAGGAAAGUAGUAGUGCUGAACAGCACUGUACAGAGGAGGAGGAAGAAGAGGAGGAGGAGGAAGAAGAAGAAGAAUCUUUUAUGACAUCAAGAGAAAUGGUCCCAGAAAGAAAAAAUCAAGAAAAAGAAUCAGAUGAUGCCUUAACUGUGAAUGAAGAGACUUCUGAGGAAAAUCAUCAAAUGGAGGAAUCUGAUGUGUCACAAGCCAAGAACGAUUUACAUGCUGCAGGUAGUGAAGACACAGGCCCUGUAAGUAGUGGUUCUGACUGCAGUGAGUCAGAAGAAUUGGUGGGAGCCAAUUCCAGGAAAACUGGAGAGAGCCUCUCAGAGUCAUUCAUGGAAAACGACGACGCCACAGAAGCCACAGAGGAACCCAUGGAACAAGACUAGCUGCUGAGAAACACUUACAUGCAGUAUUUUACAUGCAGUUCUGGUUUUACACUGUAUAAACUUUUAUGUAAUAAAUGGACUUUUUGUUUUAUGGGAGAAGCAGGUUGUGAAAUUAAGUACUUUAUGGAAUAGAUCCUGAAAGAAUUGUACAUGUAAGAACUGUGAAGAGCAGCCCCUGGCCCCUGCUUACCGCUGACUUCUUUCGGUCUGGUCAAUCAGUGGUUUGUGUAUAGAUUCUUUUAUUUUUAAUUUAGAAUUAAAGUUUUUAAACUGGAAGGUAAUAAUUAUAAUUUUGAAAGCUUUUUGGAGAGUAUAUUUAGUUCAUACAUAAGCAAGAAAUCUUUUUGUCUUGUCUCCUGACAGCUCUCACCAUUUUCAUAUUUUGGUCAUAGUUUCAGCAUUUUAACAUGAAAUAGAGGGUUUCAUGCUGGUUUCCAGAUUUUAUUGUUUGACUGUACAAUGGAACUUUAAGUCAUAUAUACAUAUAUAUAAAUAUAUAUACAUAUAUAUUCUAAGGGGGAAAUGUUAUAUUUUUCUGUUUCUAUAAAGAGAUGAAUACAGUGGAUACUUUUUCUAUUGGUAAUGAUUGAGUUCACCUCGUUCAGAAGACAGUUCUUUCUCUUCUUCUGAGUACUUCAGAUAAAAUCUGGCCCCUGCGAAACCCUGGAAAUCGUAAGUCUGUUGAAGUAACCAGGUUAGACACAUUCCAAGAGAUCUGUUCCAACUGAAGUUCUUUUGUAUACUUCUGAGGUGCCUGAGACAAAAAGGCUUCAUUAUUUAUGGGGGGAAAAUGUGCUUUAUCUUGGAAAUUGUGUUCAAACGUUAACUUACUAUUUUGUAGAAUGGACAUAAGACCAUCUCAGAAGAACUGGGCAGGUUCCUUGACCUUGUGCUUGCUUUUCCGACCCGUGUGAAUAUUACACAUUUCUUUCUAAAUUAUUCUAGAGUGUGCAAAUGUCAAUGGUAUUGAAGCACCACUGUACUGGAAGAAUUAAUAGAUUACUUCAGUAAUGUACCUGGACUUAAGUGACUAAAGCUUUAGGGGUGCAUAGAAACCAACAUAAUUUGUAUGACGUUUUGAAGUGAAUUAACUAUUUUUGAACAUGCUUCUUCGACAGCCAGUGUUAUAUUUUUCAGAUCAACACAAAGCACAAUGAUUACUCUAAACUCAAUAUUUUCAAAUUCACAUAUUUAAAGUCAUGCAAGCUGCAACUUCCCUGUCAAAAUUACUGGCUGCCAAAUUUAUACCUGUUUCUUCAGCUGUACCUUUUGAUAUUUAGAAUUUUUAAAUUUCUGUAAAGUAGAUUUUGUAGAAUGUAAUGUGUUCACUGCCUUUGUGAAGCGGUAUAUAAUUGUAUGAUUUCUGUGUGUAAACCGAAUGCUUGGGCUUUCAAUACAGUAUUCAUAUAAAGCAAUAAAUAUUAAUGUUAUGAAAUAUUUGAGUACAUUUUUAUCAGAAUAUAUGUUUUCUUUUUAAAGUUUCCAAUACCUGAAGUACACAGAUGAGCGCACAAAGCUGGUGCAGACAAUUCCCGACACUGUCGUCUGCUGGGGCACUGGGGGCAGACUCAAGCCUUGCAUUUUGACUACUUAAAUUCUUGUGACUAAAAAUACCAAAGUAAUUGGCUCCGUUCAUAUUUGGAGGGUACUGUACUACUGACCGACCGAGCUGUCAGGUUCACAGCAGCCACAUGAUAGACCUGAGGGGUGAGCAUUAAUUACACUUUGUAAUUUUUGAAAACCAUGUGUGAAUGUUCAAAUGAGGCAAAUUUUAAACAUGACAUUCAUUUGCAGCAACCUAUUUUGUUGAGUGAUAUUUUGCCAAUAAAACCGAUUUUAAACAUUUUAAGUUUAGAAAAUGAUAGAUUUUUCUUUAGAAUAUUUAUGAAAUGUCAAUAAACCUAUUCUUUAAGAUCUUGCGAUCUUUUGAUAUUUAAAAAUUUUAAUUACAUUGCCAUGGACCAAUUUAAAACAAAACGAUACUUGCUUUCUGUUGGUUGUAAGUUGAAGGUUUAGCAUCAUGACUUUUGAGGUCUGUGGUUUUAUUUGUAAACUUGCAAUUGCUACUUUUGCAAGGACAAAUGUAUUUCUUUAUUAAAUAAAGUAAACUAAUGGUGAAUGUACCAAAAUACCAUCACUUAACUCUAUGAGAAAUCUGCAUUUAAAUCUAUAGUUUACUAUUUAUUAGAUAUUCUUAUGUUGAUCAUAGAUCAGACUUUAUUGCUGUUUAAACAGAUAAUUGUUUAUGGAAUUAUUCUUUUCUAUGGUAGGUGGAAUAUCUAGUUAAACUGGGAAACCUUGUUCAACUGGUUUAGUGUGUUGGCCGUGUAGAAGUAAAUUUCCUCCUGUAUGCAUAGGUGCACUUACAAAGACUACUUAAUAAAAAUGUAACUGGUUUAUGUGCGAAUUUUUGAAAGGCUAAUUUUAGACACUUUCGCAACACUCAUCAAGCAAAGUCAAUUUAAAGAACUAAACUCAAUGAUCAAAAACGCUCUUUUUUUGGCCCAGAGUAUAUUAUUUAUCUGUUAAACUUUAGACUCUAUCCAAAAUGUAAAAAUAAUUUGAAGAUACGUACAAGGAAAGUAAGAAUAUAUUUUGAACUUUUUUUAAAGCACUGUUUAAAAAGUGAAAACAAAUUGUGUUAGUGAAGCCCCUUUCAAUUCUGAAAAUGUAACAACAGUAAGUAAUGGAAGAGCAAAUGCUGAUGAUUAGAUAAAUGUAAUUCAAUUAGGGUUUACCUAACUAUAUGCAUUUCAAAAGCGGGCUGAAGAGUGGAGCUGCCAGUCAAGGAACCAUACCUUUGUUUGAAAAGGCACCCCAGAAUCCGGGAGGAAGUGUGACCUGCCCGAGCAUUGGGGUUCAAGGGAGUUUUGUUUUUGCCGGUGUAGAUAGGCAUGUGUUUAUGCAUUUGUAAAAUCCGACAGCAAUUUUUCAAAUAAUGUAAAUGUAAUAUACUAGUUUACUUAUAAAGGUACUUGGGCAGAAUCUAAUGCUGCUAAAUCAUUUAAUUAAGAAAAAUGUAACUUGUGGUAAGGAUGACUCUUGCAAUUUGUAGAACCAAAGGAAAUAAAAAUGUGGGGGUGUUUCAGAUUGGUUUUGAUGAAAUGAAGCUCCGCUCUCUGCAAUUUGUGCUAAUCAUAAGAUGGAUGACUGCAAAACACCUGUAAUUUCAUGUGGAACUAUUAAAAUUAGGUUUGCUGGAUUAUUGGCCUAAUAAGAAUGCUAGUAUGUAUUGGUUAGAAUACAUCUAAUAUUUCACAUUUUAAAAAUACGUAGUAUACUUUCUUCAGAAUUUUAUUUUAACUUGGAGUCUAGAUUACUUUGCCAAAUAAAUGUAUUAUUUUCAUACUGCAAUAAAAUAUAAAUUAGAUGAA